AUGGAGGGAGCCAAUGUCACCACAGUGGCCAAAUUCAUUCUCAUGGGACUUUCCGACCUCCCGGAGGUGCGUUUCCCUCUUUUUCUGUUGUUUUCUCUCAUCUAUUUAGCCACACUGGCAGGGAACAUCACCAUCCUCAUUGCCAUAGGAACAGAUGUUCGCCUGCACAACCCCAUGUAUUUCUUCCUCAGCAACUUGUCCUUGCUGGAUAUCCUGUGUCCAACCAUCACAGUACCAAAGAUGCUGGACAUGUUCCUGUCUGGGAACAAGGAGAUUUCUUUUGCCAGCUGUGUGAUGCAGCUGUAUUUCCUCAUUGAUGUGGUGGGGACAGAGAUCUUCCUUCUGGCAGUGAUGGCCUAUGACCGGUAUGUCGCAAUAUGCCAUCCCCUGCAAUACACGGCCAUAAUGAAUAAAAGACUCUGUGCUCAGAUGGCAGCUGGUACCUGGAUAUCAGGGUUUCUUAAUUCCCUGCUGCACACGUCAUUCACCUUUACAUUAUCUUUCUGUGGGUCUAAUGAAGUUAAUCAAUAUUUCUGUGAUAUCCCUCCAGUGGUGGCCCUCUCCUGCUCCUCUACCUACACCAGUGAAAUGGUACUUCUUAUCGUGGCUGGGGUCUUAGGAAGUAGUGCUUUUGUGAUCACCCUGGUCUCCUACAUCUAUAUUGUCUCUGCCAUCUUGCGCAUGAGCUCUGCCAAGGGCAGGCACAAAGUUUUCUCCACCUGUGCCUCCCACCUGAUUGUGGUUGGCCUGUUUUAUGGCACCACCAUUUUCACCUACGUGCGCCCUUCCUCUCGCUACUCACCAAAUCAGGACAGGGUCAUUUCUAUGCUCUACGGGAUCAUCACUCCCAUGUUAAACCCCAUGAUCUAUAGCCUGCGGAAUAAGGAAGUGAAAUGGGCCCUGAGGAGAGUGAUCAGUCAGGAAAGAUUUACAGCCAGGAGUGAAGAUUAA